AUCAUAUAUUCUGUGACGUUCUUCCCGAACUGCGUUGAACGGCUUGCAACCUGUCAACCUCGAAUAAUCACGUCACUGGAUGCGUGCCAGUUUUGACGGAUUAUUUCCCGCCAGAGGGACGAAAUGUGCCACGUAUCUACCUGAAAGUGUGAACUGCGUUUGUUUUUAUUUAUUGCGCGUGUAAACGUUCGAUAUGAGCCCCGAUUGAACGUGAAAACCGGGAACGGGGAGAAAAAUUAGGCUCGUAGCCCCUAUUGACGGCGGCACAAAUACUUUGGGCCCGUAGUGCUCGCUCAGGAUGUAAACAAAUCGAACGCCAAUCGAAGAUGGGGUUCGUUCGUGCCGCCUUUCCCUUAUGAAAUGAUGUCGGUUCUAGGCAUCAGUGUGUCCCGUGGCGAUGUCUGCGACUGAGGGCGGUGAUGAAGAAGACGCCACGAGCAAAACGAGAAUGUGGUGAUGAUGGGCGGAAUGGUGGCCAAGCGACCAGAGCCCAUCGGGGCUGGGGCAGCAGGAGCAGCAGCAGGUGGGGUGGGCACGAACCAGCCACUCCGAAAUCGCAGGGGCCUCCCCCUCAGGCACAGACACAGCUUCUCAGAGUUCAGCUUGGUAGAUGUAGCCACAAACCUGACUCAUCGCUUCUCUGUUUUAAGUGGCCUUUCAAUCAUCUCCUUUGUCUCUGCACCAGCUGCCGAAUCUAGUCGACGGCCAUGGUCCAGAGUCUCUAGGAAAAGGUGGCAUCAGUCAACUCUCGAGAGUGAGUAUGCGCACAGCAAGACAGUGUGGCCUGUUGCGCAGACUGAAGCUCUCUUCUUGCCUGAAUUUCCUGUUGGCAUCAAUGAAAAACUGAAACUGAUUUUCAUUGGAGAGGUGAGCAGGGGUGCUUUUGGACAAGUUUUUCAUGUCAAGUGUGCCACAUCUAACAAAGAAUAUGCCAUGAAAGUGCUUUCAAAAUCACAGGUAUGUAGUUUAGAUGCUGUAGGACAAGUAAAACAGGAAGUGAUGAUUCAACAUGUAUGCAGUCAUCACCCUUUCAUCACUCCACUGAUUCACUACUGGCAGACACGCAAACUUCUGCUUGUCAUGACAGAAUUUGUUGGCUAUGGGGAACUUCAGCAACUGUGGAGGUCCCUGGGCCGUCUGCCGGAAACUCUGGUUAAGAUAUACUUAGCACAGAUCGCACUCGCACUUGAUUUCCUUCAUAAUGCUGGGAUUAUCUAUAGAGAUCUGAAGAUGGAAAACAUUUUGUUGGAUGUUGAUGGUCACAUCAAGAUUAUUGAUUUUGGAUUGGCAAAAUGGCUGAGUUACGGUGGUCGAACUGGAACUAUAUGUGGAACCUUGCAGUUUAUGGCACCAGAAAUUUUACGAGGGGAAGAGUAUAAUCACAGUGUUGACUGGUGGUCUCUUGGCAUAAUCGUCUUCAGCCUUUUAACAGGACAGUACCCUGUAAGUGGCUAUGAUGACCACAUAACAAUGAGCUUGGCUGUGUCUAAGUGUGAUUACGAGCCCCCAGACUGUGCGUCCGAACCUAUGAAAUCUGUGAUUAGGAGUCUCCUCCACCGGGAUCCUAACCUCCGUAUACAUUCCUUUUAUCAGCUGCAGCGUGAAGAAAUCUUCAAAGAUUUUGAUUUUGAUGACGUCAAAGAUAAAAAGAUCUCUCCAAGAAAGAUUCUUGAGGAGUACAUUGAAAGUAAAAAUCGACGGAGCUUCCAUGAAUUCACUGGUUUAACUAGUACUCCCAAGAAGGUGGUGAGUGGCUUAAGUGACGAAACAAACUUUGGGGACAGUGCUGUGACGAGGUCUCCAACAGCCUCAUAUCUCAAGCCCCCCAGUAAGGAUCAUAGUUGCUGGAGACCAGGUCAGCGCUCAGCCAGUUCUCCAUUGUUACAUCCUGGGAGACUGGGUCACCACGACACACUUGUGAAGAGUGUUUCCGCCAGUGGACACAAUGGUGCUGCAGUGCCCAUUCUACAGAGUCCACUAUUACGAUUAGCCAGAGGUCAGGGAGGGGUACCUCCUCGUCGCGUUCGCUCUCAAGGAGCGGUCAGUGCUAGUGCACUGCCUACGGCAGUAUCCCCACUGCUAGUUAACGUGAGGGGCCAGAGACGGGCCAGAGGUGUGGUGUGCGAAGAGGACGAGCCAGCCGGUAGCAGUGCGGCUGCUGCCACAGCGGCAGCGGCGGCUGCGGAUAAUGUUGCUACGAGUGUCAUUAGUGGUAUGAAUGGUGUGUACAAGAAAUGUGCUAGUGAUGAGUAUCUCGGUGGUCAAAGAAAUGGCAAAGAAGGUGAAGUGUCUAUGCGCCGGUCUCGCACCAGCAAUACGGGCGCUCACAAAUCACGGCCUGAAUCAUCGCAGCAGGCAGACACUUUCCUCGAACAAUGUGAAAAUUUAAAAGAAGAAUUUUUCUGUGAUUUGGUUACAAGUACACCCAAAAAAAGUAGUUUCAAUAGUACUGGAAAUAUGCGGCAUAGCUAUCACCAAGCUGUGAGUUCUGAACGGCAGAUUGGCAAGAAUAAUUUUAUUAAUGGUGCUUUGUUAUUGAAUAACAAUAAUUUCAGUCCUCUAGAUGAGAAUGACUUUGAUGAAACUUUUGAUAAUUUCCCGUGGAUAAGUGAGUCGCUCGAUCAAUAAGUUUGACUUUUAAUUAUAUGGAAUUUAUGUUCUGAAGUGGUUCUUCUUUGAGAAGAGGUAUUGAAAAUGUAUUUUUUGUCAAAAUAUCACAAAAUCAGAUUUUUAUUCUUUCAGAUCUAUAUGAUAUUUGAGAAAAAAGGCAACAUAAUUCUAAUUUGUUCAUAUGGUGGUUGUCUAUCUGAGUCUGAGAUUAGUUAUCCACAGCAGAUGAUCAUUAUUUUCAGUGUUUAUUGGCUGCUAUUAGCAAUAUCUUCGUAUUAGACCAAAGAUGAUUAUUUUUUAAGAUUUAUGUUUUGUGGGCCGUGGCUGUUCGGGCCACAUUUUUGUCGUUUUAUGAAUCUCAUUGGAGGGUCUCAUGGUAGAUGGUGGGAAGGUUCUUGUUAGGAAUGAAAGCAAUGGUCAGUUUGUCACAAAAAGUUUUAUUUUUUAUUUAUUUAUUUUUUUUUUUUCUGUUUCAUGUGGGCAGCACACCAAAAUGAUCAUGGGUUAAUUGGCUUGUUUAUUUCUAGAACAAGUUGAAGGAAGACUUGCCUCUUGGUUUUCCCAAAGGAAUUGCUUGCUACACUUGCCAUGAGUACGACUUCAUUUCUUUCCACAGAAGAAAUCCUCUCAGCUGGCUCUGAAACACACCUAAGCCUACAGCCAAUAACGCUGAGGACGACCCCACUCUUCCAACGCAAAAUUAGUUUCAGUGGAAGAUGACUAAAGUGACUUAGUAAGGUUUUGUGACCCUUAGCGGUAGGUACCGAGUACUUUUGAAUAUAUAGAGUUCUCAUAGUUCUAAUAGAUAGUAACUGGGUAGUGACUGAUGAAAAAAUUUUGGGUACUAAAUUAUGGAAAAGUCUUGUUUACUAUUUUAAAAAAUAUAUAUAUGGGCAGGAAAGGUGUACAUAACAAAAUUUGUGUUCGAAUUAUAUAUUAUACUGGGAAAGCCAUUGAAGGGAAAGUGCCAAAUGUAGUGAUUUUUAGUGUCAUAACCUCUUGGGUUUCUGCCAUUUCAAGGGAGGGUAAGAAAGAUUUAGUGUCUAGCAAUGCCAUUGCAUGUGCCAUCGUAUUUAAUGGAGAGAGCGUACGGACAAAAAUUGACUACGAGAAAUUGGUUAAUGUCAACAGUACCAUGCAGUCCCAUUAGAAUUUUUGUAAAUAGAUUACAAAUCUGAUUACUUAACUAAAGAAAGUUAAUAUACCUUUGACAUUUGUUAGGAAAUUUAUAAUUUCUUGUUAUGAAGUCCAUUUAGCCUUAAGAUUUACAAUUUAGGUAGAUAAUUUCCCCCUUCCAUACAUACUGCCCCGUCCCCUUCUUUCGACUAAAGAUGUACAGUAUUGCCUCUUUGUUUCUUUUGGCAACUGGAUAAGGAAGGCCUGCAUUUGUCCUGUUUAUUUUUAUCUUAUGAAUUAUAUUCAGAACAAAAUGACAAUGGAAAUAAUCCCUGAUGAUCCCAUUCACGUUUGCAGAGAAACCAGGUCAACAAGUGAAUUUAAACAAAAACAAUGACUGUCAAGCGUAUUUAAAUAAAUCUGGUUAGUUUUGUCUGUAGAUUUAAAUAUUAUCUUGAACAAAUAUCUCAAGCCAGUAUUAUGAAUUAUGACUUUGAGAUUUUGUCUCAGUGGUCUGCUUAGAUUACCAAAUCGUGAUAAAGUAAUGAGAAUAUAUAUUUUUUGUUAGCCAUUUAUUUGCAUAAUAAAAAAAGGCAUAAUACUUAAUUAAUUAAAACUCAUUCGUGAUAAAGUAAUGAGAAUAUAUAUUUUUUUAUUAGCCAUUUAUUUGCAUAAUAAAAAAGGCAUAAUACUUAAUUAAUUAAAACUCAUUCGCAUUGCUAUUAUAAAUGUGAUCAGUAAAGAAUAAUCUUUGGAGGUUUCAUAAUUCUUUACUUCAUGCUUGCAUAACUACCGAGGUAUUUCAAAAAGAAACUUGUCCAAGCUGUACUUCACAUGAUGUCUUUGAGAUUGCAAAUGUUAAUUUGUGCAAACCACUCAUCCUUGCUCUAGAAAUUGCAGAUACUCUAGACUGUUUGGAUAACUUAACAACUUAGACAGAUUUAGUGCUUAUGACGUAGCAAACCCACACGUAUUAUGAGUGGAUUUUAUGAAUGGUAUUCCUUAGGCUGUUAGAGUGGCUGACACCUCCGGCAGAAUGUAUUGCCUUGCGAAUGUUAAUUGUAACAAUCCAGUGUUGAUAAUCUGAAGUACAUACUGAAGGUUUAGAUAUUAAAUGCUAAGAUCAAGUUAAAGUGAGCUGUGGGCUGUAUUUAUGAAAGAUUUCUUGAAAAAUAAGCCUUUUCCUUUAUUCCAUUUAUACAUGUGGAAGGCAGUUAAAAGUCUGCUAUUUAUUGAAAAAUAUUUGGUAUUUUUUUCCUUGAGGGACACAGUUAUUUCAUUGAGGGGAGUCAAGUUUUGAAAGCAUAAUACGUAGUUUUGAUACUUAUGUUUGACUAUGCUUGUUAUUUAUUCAAACUUUGUUUUCAUAUGUAAUAUGCUGGCUGUUAGUUGGUUUGUUUUGAAAUUAUGUAAUAAAGUUUGUAAAAUGUAGAAGUCCAUGAUAAAAUUCUCAAAUCCAAUAUUAGUGGUAAAUAUUUUACUGUUUGGGAAUAAAUCUGCAGAGGACCUUUUGUUGUGGCUAGAGAAAUUCUUUAAUGGGUAAUUUUCUGAAGAAGGCUAUGAUUUAUAGACUGAUGUUCUUUCUUUUUGGUUCAAGAAUAGUACUUUUUUUUUCCUUGUGGGUCUUUCAUUACUUUGAUGUUUAGACUUGUUUAAUGCUUUUUCCUUAUAACUCUGGUACGUAUUAUGGUAUCCACUAUCUUUUACAGUGUACUAUGUGUGUUAAGGUUUUGUUCUGUAAUUGGAUGCAAGAAAUUAUCCAAGGAGGAUCAUUCUUUGUGUUAAGAGGUUAUUGAAGUUUGGGUAUAAAUCUUAUCCAAUGGUAUUGAUUUAAGCUUAGAUCUGUGCUUUGUAUUCUUAAGGAAACUGAGAGUGCUGUCUCUGGGAUGAUUGUUUACAAUGGGAAAGGGAGUUGAAUCUUUUGUGUCUGGGGAUAGCUGAAUAGUUUUUUUCUUAUUAAGUAAGCUUGAGCAUUUCAAGCCUCUUUAUUCAACUUUUCAGGCUUCUUGUUAUGUUGGUGAAAUCAAGAAGAAGUUUUUUUAGAAGUUAUUGAGAUGAUAUGAGCCUAAGGAUCUGGAUACGCAAGUGCUAAAAACGUUGCGUUGCUGACACGGUCUAAUGUUUAGUUUUUGGCCAGACUACACAAACGCUAUUUUCGAAGCGUUACCGAGUAUCAAACAGGCAUAUUUAGUUCAUUAUGGAUGCUGUCCAAGUAGGAUGUGUGAGACAGGCUUGUGCCUCAUAUAUAUAUAUACAUAUAUACAUAUAUAUAUAUUUUUAUUUAUUUAUUUUUUUUUUUUUUUUUUUGCUUCCCUCUUGUCACUUCAGUCUGGGAAUAUUGCCAUCCCUAUUUCAGUCGCUAUAAUACUUCAUUUUGACAUUUUAUAAUGCCAGCCCACUUUUAACUUCAAAAAUAAAUUUGUCUGUGUUGAACAGCUAUUGUGCUGUCUCUCAUGGUACUGGCAUAGAGUGGCUUCUGGACUCCGGUACUGUUGUAGAGGAGCCGAGAGGUCUAGCCUAUCUGGUGCCUUCCAAGCAGCUGGACACCACCAAUGUCUCAUGUAGUCAGGCAAGGCGUUACUAGCGCCAUGCUAAUAAUGUCAACAUCAAUGCUAGUAACGCUCGUGUAGUUCAAAUUAGUGGUUUUCCAUUGAAAAGCAUAGGAAGAUACCUUAGUCAGCAAUGUAGCGUUUUUAGCGCUCGUGUAUCCAGGCCCUAAGUCAUACCUGUCUUUGGCAAUUUAUUAUUUAAACUUAUUGUAUUGUAUUAUGAUACAAUUUAGCCAAAAAUCAGGCAAUUCCUGAUUAAAAUGAAGUGCCAAUCUUUGUCACAUUCUUCUUCAAACUGAUGAUUUUGAAAGAACCCAGCAAAAAAUUCUUUUUGUGUCUUGUGGGACAUGUGAAUCAAAAUGAUUAUGGAGGGUCUUUAUGUUUUAGAGUAUCUUGCAGAUUUGGAUAUUGUUGGGAUAAUUUAUGUUGAGUAUUAAUAUAUUUUAGUCAAUAGUUUGAUGUAGCAGACUUUGAUAAUGGUGUUAAAAUAUUUCAUGUUAUACAUUAUAUGUUAAUACAUUAUAAAAGUUGGUUUUGAUGUCUAAGAUUAAUGUUAAGUUUGUAUAAUGAUUUAACUUAUGACUAAGUACUUAUGUAAGAAUAAAAUAUAUUGUAGGCAGCCUUUGUUACCUGUGCCAUAGAUUGGUGUACAGGCUAUGUUGCGGUUUGCUUAGUUUGUCUAAUGAAGGCGUGAGAACUCCCGAGUAGAUUGGAGGGUUAGAAUUGUAUGCAAGGUGUUAGCUUUCAAUGUUAGUUGCCUGAAUUUCCUCAAACCACUUUGUUGACUCUCAAACUGUUACCUGCACAGUUUGUUAAAGUCUGUUCUACUUUUUGCAUAGUGUAUUGUUACGUUGUUAGACAUAUUUAUUAGUGUUGAAAACAUUUGGAGGUAGAUUUCAUGUGUCUUAACAUUUUGGAAAUACAGUAAGGCCAAUUAUAAUGUGCAGAAUCACUUAGUCCAGACACCAGUUUCUCAUUAGUUAUAUGUUGUGAAUGGUAGGUAUGUAUUUUGGUGAAAGCAUUUGUGUGUGUGUGUGUGUGUGUACCUUGCGAGUAAGCAUGAUGCAAUCGAUGAGAAGAAUUUAGGCUAUACAUUGUAAUGCUUGAAGAUUUUUUCAUGGUGGUUGUUGUCAUUUGGCUAAAAUUGGUAUUUUAUAACUUUUUGACUUUUAUCGUUAGAUUGCUGAGAGGGACGAAUUAGUUUUUAGCUUCCCCUUAAGUUUCAUUCUCAAGCCUGCUAAUUUCCUACUUUUUUCGGUUAUGCUUUUCACACAUAAAAAAAACAAGUUGGGAAGGUUACAUACCAGAUCAGACUUACCAAAUCAUUUUUAUGAAUAUUACUGUGCCUUCGUAAAGGAAAGUCAUUCAGCAUCUGUUCUCAGGUACAGUAUGUUAUUUCUAGUUUUUACGAUUUACCAUUGAUAUAGUAAUAUUAAAACCCCAAUCUUGUAGUCAUUCAAAAGACAAGGUCUUACCAUUGCCAGUGUUAUUUUUGGCUCUUUAAACAGAAUCUGAACUCAUUUGAUACCGUAUCUAUGGUAGGUGGCACCAUUGAUAAUUUUAUAUAGUGUCUUCUGUUAGGAGCAGCAUUGAUUAUUUGAUACGUAGUGUAUAUGUUAGGUAGCAGCACUAAUUAACAGUAAGUUUCCUGUUUUUGGAGUCGCUAAGAGCAGAGUGAAGAAAUUCAGAAAAUUCAGUGAUUGUAUCUGAUGGGAUACUUGGGAAACUCAACAAAGUGCCAUGAGAAAAACUGCAAUGAUGGUAAGAUAUAAUGAAGACAAACUUCUGAUAGUAGUAAAAGCUGAAAUGGUGCCAGUAUCUUGAAAUGAUUUAUUUCUCUGAAAGGAGUAUGUACCAAUAUAUGUAUAAAAUCUGGGUACUGAAGUAAUGUUUACGAUAUUAUAUUGCUUGAAAAUUAAACCGAGUUAAUGUUUGCAAAGUCCUUAGAAAAACAGGGUAUUUUCGUCGUUGCUUGACGAGUGAACCAAAAUUUUGUAUUGAAAAGAAAUGUUGGCAUCCUAAUGUCUUAUGUGCUUGUCCAACUUGCAAUCUACAAUGUAUAUAAAGAAAUUUUGCCUGAAUUGCCAGCAGUUUUAGUUUGUUAAAUUAUAAAAUUGUUUGUUAAAUUAAAAUUUUUUUAAUUAGUUGCAACAUUUUAAAUUUGAUCUCAUAUACUGAUUAAGAACAAACCCAUUGGGCAGCCCAGUGAGAGUUGAUAUUGAUAAUAUUACCUUAGUGGUGUGGUUCAACUCUUAGAAAAUAUGGACGUCAUAAUUAUUUUAUAUUUUUGUAUUGCAUUACAUUUUAUGAUUAUAACUUGCCGGUUGAAAAGUUAUGAACAUUAAAAUUUCAAUUUUCUUGGAGCACAAGUUAAAGAUCCUUUAUAAAGUCAGACGACCAUGUGGUUUUUGGUUGAAGUGUGAUGCAAGUUGACUUGUAAUUGAUUGUCCAAUGCCCUGCUUUCUUUGGUAGCUAUGAAAUCAGAUAUAGAAAACAUUUUCAUUUCCUGAAGUUAGCUCUCACCUAUUUCAAUUUUAAACGACGUAUCACAAGAACUUUUAUUUAAAGUUUGUAUAUUUCUUUUCAUAUUUUGUGCCCCAAGUAUUUAGACAAGUUUGGCAUGUUUCCUCCUGUAAAGCCGUUGGUAAAUGGUAAAUUACAUUUGGAUGUUUGUAAAAGCAGUGAGUUGUUUUGAGGGAUGUUACUACUUGUAUAUGAAAAAAACCUUCUGGCCAGCCCUGUAAAUUUUUGUUACCACAGUGGUCGGUGCAACCAACUGUAUUUAGUUAGAGCUUUGAAUUUCAGUGUUAAAAACUUGCAACCAUUGUAAUUUGAGGUUUACAAUAGCUUUGAUAUCUUCAAAGCACUUUUGUUUGUGGUAUGCAGUAUAUUUAGAAAACUCACAAAUUUCAUAGUAUGCUGUAAUUCAGAUUGUUCCAUGAAUUAAGUCUAGCCUUGUCUUCUCUAAAAGUCUGUAGUUUUUGGGUUUCUUUGAGAGUUGCUGGCAUUUGUAAUAUUUUUACAUGGAUUUUAGUCUUAUUUUUUAUUGUAUGUUUUACUAACUAUUGUAAUGUUUUUGAUAUCGUAUUUAAUGCAUUUUGUAAUUUUCCUGUUUUUGAUAGUGUAAGCUUAAUACAUACUAAGUAAUUUUCUUUAUACCCUUUUUAUUUGAAAGGGCACUUGUCACAUUCCUAAGAUAUUUUGUUGUAGUUGUGUUGUGGGUUGAACUGGAUGCAUAACUGAAGUGAUCUUUCCCAGAAAUUUUAUAUGAUUAGUAUAUCUAUCAGCUUUCCUCUUUACCUAAGAAUGACUGAAGGUUGUUGAAAAGCUUUUCAGAUUUGGUUGUGCAACAAUUUUGAUUUCAUGUAUUCUGUGGUUUUAUAAAUUCUGAUUUUGGGUCUUUUACUUUUUAUGUUUUAGAUUCAGAGAUCUUUCAUGGAAAUGUUCUAGUGUCAAUUUGUGACAUUACCAUAGAUGAAGUUUGUAAAACUAAAUGCUUUGGGUAUGUUUUUAGGUAUUAUAGGGCAACAAAAUAAGUAAGGUUUGGGUGCAUGUUUGCCUGUUUGUGGUAUAUUUCAAGAUAGUUUAUGUGUGGUUAGAAGGGCAUUGUUCAUCUGGGGUGCUGGUGAGGAAUUAUUGCAGAUGUUAUGCUUUGUUUAAAUGGCAUAUUCUCCAUGUACAAAAAUAUACAAAAAUAAGUACAGUACCUUGUUCUCUGUAAUUAAAGUUAAUGGGUUGAAUAGAAUGACUUAUAUAAAAUUUGUAGAAUAAUGUGAAACCACUGUAUUUGUAAGGCUAACCCGACUAUUAAUGAUAACGCAAAAUUUUUUUUCAUUAUUUUAAGCAGUUGGUAUGUAAUGGAAGUUUGAUGUUCACAAAAGAGGGUGUUCAUCCAGAAGGCAUGGAUGCUCAUCCAGACAAUGAGACAAUGCGUUCUUUAAUGUGCAUCAGUAUUGUAAUACUGAGUGAUUGCUUCAUGGCUUCAUGUUCAAUGUUUUUAUCUGAGUGUCUAUUUAGUGGAAUCAUUUGCUUAUCAUUUCAUUGUUUGUGUUGAUUUACCAAAAAAAGUUUUCAUGUCAGGUAUGCAUAAAUUUAAAAGUUUGUCGGAUCCAGGUAAGAUAAAGUAGGUGUGAAGUAACAAAUAAUUUUGCGCACAAAAUGCUGACAUUUUUAAACAUACCGUUCUCCCGCAAGUGGUUGGAAAUUGUGCAGUGAGUGAUAGCGUGAACUAUUGUUAUAAGUAUUUGAACUUGGACAGUGGUUUGCAUAUGUUACGAGUACAUUCCACUGGCACAAGUUCACAUGUGGUUUUGAAAAGGUGCAUGUAAGGCCAUGAUAUAUUAUCAUGAUGUUACAUAAGGAAAGUAAUGGUUGAUACAUGUCUGUUGAAAUAUCAGUAAGGUAUUACUUAAGAGACUUAACCAAUUCAUAUCACAAGUAAAUAUAAAGGUCGUUGGAUUAUUUUAAAACUUUUAUGUAAGGUAGUUAAUAUUUAUAUAUUAGUUACAGUAUAUCUGUAGUUAAUAUUUAUAUAUUAGUUACAAUAUAUCUGUAUUUUUAUUUAUUGGGCUCUCUGAAGCAUUACUGAUGAUAGCAAGAGAUGAUGUGAGCUUGCUGGUUGGCUUUGUGACUCAUUUUCAUUUUUUUUUUCUUUAUCAAGUCACCCUCUAUUUUUUCUGGGUUCUUAGUACAGCUGCUGGAAAACUUUACAGUUAUGAACAACUGUCCUUUGACAAGUAUAUGUGUGCAUUGAAAAUCCCAUACUAUAGUCAGUCUGUUAUUCACACUGAUGUGGAAGUUGUAACCUAAAGUAUUGGGUAGGAAAGUGUAGUAAUGGGCUGCUAAUUUCAUGUUUCUAUCAAAGCAUUAGAGGUUUGUUAACAAGGUUUAGUAUCCAGAGAGGUUCUAGGUUUGUCUCGACUUGCUUAAAAUGUCCAUACUAUUUGCCAACUAAACACAAGGAACCAUUUCUGUGACAGAAAAAGAAAAUAAACUACUCAGCCACUUUCAGAAUACUAUAGUAGUGCACAAAAGUUGGGUUCAUGUUCAUAAUUGAUAUGAUAAAACCGAUUUCCAUAUUUACAAGGUAUUGGGGAGGGGUGGGGGGGGGGGGGGGGGGGGUUGCAGUUGAAAGUGAAUUCACAUCAUGCACUUUACAAAAUAGAAAAGUUAGUUUGUGGAGUAUCUCACAGCUAGGAGGUACUGAGAAAUUAUAUAUGAAUAGUCUGUUGAAUAAUUUGUCAAGGGUUGGCUCUAUUUUCCCACAGUAACCUUGUUGUUUAUAGGCAGUAUGAGGAUACAGUACAUCGCAAAUCAAGAAAACUAAAGAUAAUUUCUCAGGAAUUUGGUCAAUAUAAGCCAUGCAAGGUUAAAUAAUAGGAUGAUGUAUCAUCUUGUUAAUGAAGUAAUGCCAAAGAGAGACCUUAGCUUAUUGAAAUUCAUUUACCAGUAUAUUUACUUUUAAGUAGUUGUACAGUGCGUAUAAGUUUCAGGAAGUUGAAUAUUGCAAUAUCUGCUUUUUAGUUUAGUCUUUCAAUUCUAAAGUUAUUGAUGUCAUUACAUUUUAUAUUAGGUUUACGGAAUAUCAAAUUGUUUUUCUAUUUUAAAAAAUGUUUUCCAUAUCAGAUAAUGAUGUUAUUGCAUAAGGCACAAUUUAAUAUUCAUUAUUUUUUUAAGCUAUCAGAAAAUAUGAAAUGCUGAUCAAUGCAGCGGGGAGAGAAAGAGAGUGCGAGAGAUAGAGUAAAGUGAUAAAAUAUUCAUCAUUGUUACAUAAAUGUUGUCUGUUGAAGUGAGUUGAAAGUAUGUGUUUCGCAAGUAACGUCAAAUACUUAAUAUACGUAAAGAUUCCAUUGUAAAGAAUACCUGAAUAGUGUAUACAGCAUGUAACCCCAUUCUCUUGCGUUUGAUGUGUAGGGAAUGAGACCUGAAAACUAUUAAAUUGUCUUGGGAAGUGGAGCUGGGUGUAGGAUGGUUAGGGACAUCCCUGGGUGUGACAUCAAGGGAUGCCCAUGAGGCACCUUUGCUCUAAACAGUGAGUGAUGCUUACCAUCAUUGUCCCUAUCUUAUGCUACCUUUAAUAUCCUGCCUUGGCAGAUUUCCAUGAGAUAGCAGAUGCCAUCCCCCAGCAUAAGAGUAUGUGAUCUCCUCUUCAUCAGGUCCCAAGACAAGUCUUGGAGAGAAGAAAAAUUGAAUACUGUCAAAGGUUAAAAGCAUAUUAUUUAUUAAGGCUUCAUUAAAGCUGUGAUUUAUGUUGCUCUGCUCAAAUAUAUUUAUGACUUAAAAUCCUUACGAUAGGCUACUGUAGUGGUUCUAAUAUAUACAAUACAUACAUAAUAUAUAUAUAUAUUUAUAUUUGUAUAAGUUCAGAUUCAUAUUUAUAUUGCCUUGCACUGCAUUUAUUGAUAUAUUGAGAUUUUCCAUUUAUCUUCUCCCAGUUUUGUUUCAUCUCAAGAUAUUAUUUUUGUAUGAGAUAUUUUAAAUGUAUCCAGUUGCACAUUAGUUGGUGUCUGUUGUUGAUUUCAUAUAUAAUUAAGGUUCCAAUACUUUAUGUGAUUGACCAACAGUACACAUGUCAAGAUUGCCUCAAUUUAAUAGGCAAGUGUGUUCUCUCGCCUACAAUGACGUGUAAGUUCUCUAUGGCUAAGGGUAACUUGAUGGAAGAAAUGUGUAAUCACUCAUUUGAACUAAUGUAAGUGGGUCUCGUUGCGUCUGUUUAUGUAAAUAGUCUGUAUUUUGGAAUGUAGUUAAUGUCAGAACUCCAGAAAUUCAUAACAUUGUACUUUAGCACUUUUAAGCCUUCCCGUUUUCAUAGGCCGUCCCUGAGACUUGGAUUAGCUCAGUGCUUUUGUUUAUUUAAUCUGACUCUCCAGUUGAGGUGGAAGCAGUUUUGUUUUGCUUUUAAAUUCAUUUGAUUGUAUUCUCGUGUAAGGGUGACAACACUGAUUGAAACUAUCUGUAUCUUAGUCGCAGUGUGAUGGAUGAUAUGGUCAUGAGAUUAAGACUGAAAUGGAUGUGCUGACAUGCUCUCGUUCACUGUAGGGAACUCACACUUCUUAUGAUUUAUGUUCUUAUUGUAUUAGCCUCUUCCUGCAACAGAUGGUAGUUGGGGAUUAGGUUCAAUUGUUAUACUUGUUAGUACUGUAUAGCAAAAUUUUUCAAUUUGUUUCAUAAACUCGCACACUAUAGCUUUUAGUUAAUGAGAAAAUAUAUUUAGAAAAAUUUGUUAAACAGGAUGGCCUUCUGUGUGCAACUGUUAAAUAGUUGCUAAAGGUUGUCUGGAUAGGUGCAGAAUUUUGGUGAGAUAAAGGAUUCUAAUCAGUUCUUUACUUAAAAUUUCUUCAUAUGCAUAUCACACAUCCCAUUUCAGGACUGUCAUGAAUAUCAUAUGUGUUGUAUUUAGACAUUUUUUGCCGACUAGAGUAGGUAACAAAAUCUUACAUUCAGCAGGGUGAAAAAACUGAGGGGAUUCGUUUUAUACAAAACUGUUACAAGUAUCGUUAGGGGAUUCUUUUUGUACAAAACCGUUUCAGGUAUCGUACACGCAGUCAGUUUAUAAAGUUCAUCAGGUGGCAAAAAAGCCAAAUUAAGGAAGAAUUAAUGUUUACAAUUAAUUGGUAUUCUCAGAGUCAGAAACCUGUAUAUGGAACAGAACAGCAGAGGUAUCAGUUACUACAAAAUAGUUCAACUAGACCAUCGAGUUGACAUUUGAAAUUCUCAUAGGGCUGGUCAAAUGGAAGGAAGUCAAUGUUAAAAGAGGCAUUUUAUUUCACUUCAUUUUCUAUUACAGGAUAUAUUCUCAUUAUGUUCAUACUGUAUUAACUAAAGAAGGCGUUGUAUCUUAAAUGUACAGAUGUGCAAAAUAACCCAUUUACAUUACGUGAAAAGUAUUAUAGCAUUCAGGUUUUGUCGUAACCUGUCUCAAAAUGUAUAUAUGGUUAACUUUAAGGAUGCUAUAUAAAUCAGUAAAAUAUAGACACACAGUUACGAGUCAAAUCAUGCCUAAAUGACGGGAUUCAAGAAAAUGCCAUACAAUAAAAUAUGAACGUGUUCCAUUCAAGUUACUUUUGACGUGGAGUCAAUACAUGUAUUGCCUCUGUACCCUGCCAACCAAAGAUUGGAUUUACUUUUGUGUAUGAGUUUUUGUAUAUAUUUGCAAAUAAAAAAGGAAUAUUUGAAAUAAAGCCAUAAUAUAA